CGAGAGAAUCCGGGGAGACUCCGGCUUCCAGUGAUGGAGAGACGUGCUCUCUUCGUGUCGCGCUAAAUGGUGAUCGUGUACUCCGAAUGGUGACGGAUAAAUCGGAAAGGCCGAGACUGCACGAGCAAGUCUUUGCCAUUUUACGAGCGAAAGCCUUUCUCCUUGUCUUCAAGCAGCCGGUGAUACCCAUCUUUACUUCGAUCAAUUUCACGAAUGUCUACGUAUAUUUGCCGACUCGAAUUCGCAAACGGUGCGAUGAUCGUUUCGGAAAUUCCUCAAGUCGAUUGCAGUUGAAUAUCGUGAUUGUGUAAUUGUGAUUGAUCUCUUGAACUUGAGAAAUAUUUGAGAAAACUCGUCGAGAGUAAAAGUGUUUAAUUUUAGCAUUAUACCGUGUGUGGGUCUUUUAAAUGGUUUAUCACUUAUGACGUCAAAAAGAAGAGUAACGAGAGAAGACAGGAUGUUAUAAUGAAGAAGUUUUUAUUCAAAAACAAGAGAAAAGUGACCGAAUGAAGUGUACGUAAUCGGCAAGAUACUUCGUUAGCCGAGACAACAUAUAAUAUCCGUAAUACGGAUAAAGUGGUAACGGUGUUAUAUGAUGUGACGAGUGAAACUCGAUAUCGGAUGUGCUCUUUUUUUAUGAUGAUGUCUUCGGCGUUGCUGUGAAAAAUACCGGAAACGGUGCCAAUCCUAUGGGAAGUGAUGUCUACCUAUUAUGGCAGAACCGCUUUCGAAGAAAUUCGUCAGAGCUAAGUACAUGGGUUCGUUUCCUGUGGCGAUUCCCGACGUUGCCAGCCGAGCGGAAUUCGUGCGCUCCCAACUGGAGACUCUCAGAUACAGCGAUCGGUCCACGCCUGUUCUCCUGAUAGUCUCGCUUGCGGGGAUCAAAGUAUGCAGUCCAGAUGGAAAAUGCGUGCAAAUGGCGCACGCGUUAAGGCGCAUCUCCUACGCGACUUGUGAACCCCGACACGCUCAGUUCAGCUUUUUGGCUCGAGAGCCCAGGGCGCAUUUUAGCAUCCAAUACUGUCACUCGUUCGUCACCGAAUCUGCAGAACAGGCGGAAGAAUUGAACACCAUAGUCGGCAAUGCUUUUCGUAUGGCGUACGUGGCGCAGCUCCAGCGCCAACCGAUCCUUCAGGAUGUAAUCUCGCCGCAAUCCUCACCACACUAUCGCAAGGACAAACAGGAACAUCGAACCUCCUGGAACAAAUCUUUGUCCGGCGACAGUUCGAUCGCCGGGAGCGGAGGCGGUUGCAGGAAUUCGUCCUCGAAUUCGUGGCUGAAAAGUCGGACGUCGCCCACGUCCAGAAGUGGAAGCGGUUCGUCCGCAGCGGACAUGAACGUACAGCUCGGCAGCGCCGGCUCGCCCACGUUGCGACUAGCCAGCGUAAAGACACCAAAUUCCAUCCCGGGUCUACGGCCGUCGCAUAAUUUUACGAAUGUCCUCGGUCCAAUAACGAACGAGGAUGAGCCGAAAAGUAUUUCGCAGCAAAGUACGCCGAGUAGCGAUGAGAGCAAUUCACCAACGGAGUUGAAUUCGUAUAAGAGACUGACGGACAAGCCACCGCUGAUAAAGCGUCUGGCGAUGGGCCUAACCGGUGGGCGCGACGUUCUCGGAUUAAAUGGUGAAGACGACAGCUGUCCCCUCGUAAGCGGUAGCAGCACACCAACUAGCCCCUCAAACAGGCCACAUUCCGGUGGCUAUAUCAACGAAGCGAUUAUCGACUCUGAAGGGACGAGACCGUCUUAUAAUAAGAUACAACCUUCCGAGACCAUCGAUAACACCAUCAAUGCUUCCAUCACUGCCAAAAACUUUAAUAUUGAAAAUAACAGGAUAGGACACAAUUCGCCGAGUUCGGGAACGGAAACGGAAUUUAAAUCGAAAAGAAGAUCACAAAUUAGUACCUCAAGUAGUUCAGUACCAGCAGAUGGGAGUACUCAUGGCUCGACACCGACACCUCCGCCUUUGCCAGAAAGAACGGACAGUUUGAAUAAUCGCAGCGAAGAAGCCGAAUUACGCAAAGCACCUUGGUUCCAAGCUGGCAUACCAAGAGAAAUAACGUUGGAAGUGUUGAGUCAGGAGCCGGAAGGAGCCUUCAUGGUACGAGAGAGCACCAGUAAACCCGGAUGUUACGCCCUUUCGCUCCGAGUGCCGCGUGAAUUUCAACCAAGCGGAAUCGCCCAUUAUCUCAUAAUGCGAACUAACAAAGGCUACAAAAUUAAGGGCUUUACGAAAGAAUUCACAACGCUGACAGCCCUGAUAACCCACCAUUCCGUAAUGCCAGAGCUGUUGCCAUGUCCACUGUCGUUAAGCCGAUACAAUCCCAGCUUCGUGAAGAGCGACUCGAACAAGGAUUUCGCGGACAUCGACUCGGAUCCGGAUUACAACACGCUCGCGGAUUUUCGCAAAAUGAUGGCCGAUCUGAACGUCUAGGAAAAGAGGAACAUGCAUUACGUAAACAUGUUUCAUACGUUCAUAAUAACGCGGAAGAAUGAACAUUGUGAGUCGAUCUAUCAACGAACCGCAAGUUUAUUAAGAAGGAAAGACUCACGCAAAUCUGUGUAUAAAAAAAAAAAAAAAAAAAAAAAAGAAAAAAAAAACAAACCUACACGAUUUAAUCGAGAUCACGACGAAUGAUAAAUUGUGUUUAUUUGUGAGAAAGAUAAAUCAUGAAAAAAUAUUGGACGUGAUAUCACAAUGAAAGUAGGUUAGUAUUAUGAAGGUAGAUGACAUCGAACGUGAUUUAAAACGUAAUUGACAAAAUUCUUUACAAUUACGAUUUCACGUUCGGAGUUCAUCGAUAGUGAUAAAAAUCUAUAAGACUAUAAAUAAUUUUAGGGAAUAGCACAGAAACGUGCGAAUCAAAAGUCAAUCGAUGCAAUGAGAGAAGACAACAAGUUGUUGAUCUAACUCUUAAAAACCAAUUGUCGUCUGUCUCGAUUGUUAAAAUUUCAAAAACAUUUUCUCAAGUAAUUUAAAGUGAUAACGUUGAAAUUUACUAUACUAAUUAUACACGUUAAUUUCAUUUUUUUUUGAUUUUGAUUCAAAUUUAAUGUUCCCUUCCAACGUCAAAAUCGAUUAUUUUGUUUUUGAAUUUUUUUGCUAUCGAAGCAGACUCAAUGAUCAAGCAAACGUUAUAAUCAAAAAAGUGAAUUUCGAAUAUUGAUCAAAGUUAAUGCUACACGAUGUACGCUUUAUGAGAAAACGAAGGUGAAAGAUUGAUCGAACUAUUGAAAUAACUUGUUUAAGUUAAUAAUAAUGUAUGGAUGUGUGUAACUUGAUAACAUACUCGAGUGUUCUCUUAAUAUAAAAAAAUAAAUAAAUAAAUAAAUAAAUAAAUAAAUAAAAAGGAAGGAAAAGAAGAAGUUAAAUGAACGAAUAGUUCGAUAUUGAUCUGAAAGUGGCUCGUUAUUCAUGCCAUAUUGAUGUUCGUGCGGCUCGAUAGUACGUUAUCAAAUUAAUGUAAAUGUGUUUAUAUGUAUAUAGAUGAUAAUUAACGUUACGCAAAGCAUCUUAUAAUUUAAUUACGAGAGUAAAAGUGAGAGCAACGAGUAAACGAGAAUGGAAUAGUCGUGAAGUAGUUGGAAAAGCAAAAAAGUAAUUUAAAUAAAUAAAAAAGAAAAUGAGUAAAAAAAAAAAAAGAAAAAAAAAGAAAAAAAAAAGAGGAACAUUUAGAAUCGAAGGACACAAUUAUAGUGCUACUUUAAUCGCUCGACUAACCUAGUCUUGUACAGAAGUUGUGAGCGUAGCUAGUGUUAUAAAUAUAUGAUUGCGCACGUGUGUGUAUAUCGACCGAUAAAAAAAAAAAAAUAAAAAAAAAUAAAAAGAGAGGACUACAAAAAAAGAAAAAAAAAAAA